GUUUUCCCGCUCAAGCUCAGCUCAGCCAAUCGCACGUCAGAAACAGAAAGACUGCCAAGGCUGGUAAAACUUUAAGUUUAAGUGGUCAUGCAAAGAUUCUAGAAGCAAGACCAGAGAUGUUCUAGAAGGCGAUGAUACAUGAUAUAUAUGUAUAAGGGAGAGGGCGCCAUAAAGUAGUGGGUAUCAGCGGGCUGAGUUCCCGGAAUAGUCCCCGGUAUGGCUGUCACGAGAGAUCUGCUAGCUCCUAGUGCACCGCGGAUCGCAAAGCCUUGCCAGAGACCACGCCGCUCACAGAGGAUGGCAGUUUCUGCUAGCCGGGCAGAGAUGGAGGACACCUCGAAUGCUGUCAUUGCAACAAUCCAAGACAUCCUUCUGAGGGAGAAGGAGAGUCAAAGCAUCGACACAAGCAUGCUCCAACUCCUCAGCGCGAAUCCUAGCCUAGCGGACUUCAUACUGGAAUCCCUGGUCCAGGAACCCCUCCAGACGUCCGCAUCGGUCCAGUCCACAUCUUCCACAAGCUCAACAUGUUCCGAGAAUUCAGAAUCCGACUACAGCUGCGGCUGUGAGGAGGAAAGCUCCUAUUCUAGUGUAGAUUCAGUGUCUGCGGGUGAGAAUUCGUUCACAUCGGACAGGUAUAGACGAGAUGCUUCGAAACUAGAUAGCGAGAGAGCGCUCGAGUUUCUAGAGAUAGCACGUGACCGCUUGCAACAGAGCGAGUAUGCAGCUCUUUUCGAAUCGUUUUGCAGCUUCAAUGAGAGAGAGGUUACGGAAGAGAUGGAGGGGAGGAUCUGGGCAUUGGUCAAUCUGGAUCGUGAGGUCACUCUUAGAUUUCAAACGCUUUUUCCAUCUUUACCAAGAAUGUAGACAUUGCUUACGUACAUAAUUGUUGACAGGUGACUAUAGAUAGCUCGCACAAAGAUGCCAAAUGUCAAUAGAUAAGUGAGACAAAUAGAAUAAGCAGUACAAUCCAUUUGAUAUGAAAGAUGGUGCCAUGCUUAGGCACAUUGAUGUUGCACUAGCUAGGAGCUUGACAAUUGGAUGUAAGCAAUGUUGGUGGUUGUUAAUCAACAGACAAGAUUGAGCAACAAUCGAAAAUGAUUGAAAAUAGUGUAGCAAUGAAAGAAACUAGUGAUAUCAGACACGUAAGACAAGUUACCCCUGCCAACGUGCUCAGCUCCUAAAGUUUCAAAGUAUUGGUGGCUUACGAAGUUUCAAGUUGGAUGUUCAAGUUGCACGUACUCGACUUCGCUACAGCUCCUUCUACACUCCAC